UAUCACAUGAUUAACGUCACAAAUUUUAUUGAUAAAUUUUCUGAAAGCUACGUUGAAGUCGCUUUGUUUAUAUCUUGAAGUUUUUGGGAGUAUUGAGUAGUCUAAGUAUAGACUGUGAGUUCAACAAUUCAUUUACAAAAUCAUAAUUUGCAGUAUUAUUUGAAAAGCCAGUGCUAAACGAUGGGAGCGGUUCUGGGCCUUUGCUCUGCUGCACAGCUUGCCUGCUGUUGUGGCAGUACAGCCUGUUCUCUAUGCUGUUCAGCAUGUCCCUCAUGCAAGAACUCAACGUCCUCCCGAAUUGCCUACGCCUUUUUAUUGCUGCUAGGAACUAUCGUAGCGUGUAUUACUUUGGCUCCAGGGUUACAGAGUGCAUUAAAAAAGGUUCCGUUUUGCGCAAACAGUUCAAGCGUCGCUGGCAAUGUAUUAUCUAUAUCUGUUGAUUGUGACAAAGCUGUAGGAUAUCUGGCAGUGUACAGGAUUUGCUUUAUAUUAACAUGUUUCUUCGCCCUGUUUGCUUUGAUGAUGAUCGGGGUGAAAUCGUCCAGAGAUGGUCGAGCGGGAAUACAAAAUGGAUUUUGGGGCCUAAAAUUCCUGUUGAUAAUAGGAGGAAUAAUCGGGGCCUUUUUUAUACCUGAAGGCAGCUUUGGAAUCACUUGGAUGUGGUUUGGGAUUAUUGGCGGAUUGUUAUUUAUCCUGAUACAACUUUUGCUCAUCGUUGAUUUUGCCCAUUCUGUAGCCGAAUCUUGGGCGGGCAACUAUGAUGAAACUGAAUCAAACUAUUAUGCUCUGAUUGGAGUUACAGUUGUCUGCUAUCUUCUAAGCAUUACUGGGAUUGUGCUGCUUUAUGUGUUCUUUACAACUUCCGAUCAAUCUUCAUGCGAUUUAAAUAAAUUUUUCAUCUCAAUAAAUCUGAUACUUUGCGUUAUUGUCAGUGUAAUUUCCAUUCUACCGCCUGUCCAAGAAGAAAUGCCCAGAUCGGGCUUGUUACAAUCUUCGAUUGUUACUCUGUAUGUGACUUAUCUAACUUGGUCCGCUGUAUCGAACUCUCCCAAGGAAUGCAAUCCAGGCAUGUGGGGUAUUUUCGGAACCAAAUCCAGUGAACACAAUUUCGAUAUUAUUGGCAUUUUCAUUUGGAUGUGUUGCGUCCUGUACUCAUCUUUGAGAUCUGCUAGCAAGUCCUCAAAACUGACCAUGUCCGAAAACAUGUUAGCCAAAGACAACGGAGCAGUCAGAGGAUACGGAUCGGACAAUCUGGUUCUUACUGAAGGUAAUGAUGGCGGUGAAAGUGGGGACCGAAGUAAAGUUUGGGACAAUGAGGACGAUGCUGUUGCGUAUAAUUGGAGUUUUUUCCAUGUGAUGUUUGCAUUGGCCACUCUGUAUAUUAUGAUGACUUUAACUAACUGGUACAAGCCUAAUUCCAACAUUGAAGAAUUCAACUACAACGCAGCGUCCAUGUGGAUUAAGGCUAUUUCUGGUUGGUUGUGUUUGGCAUUGUAUUCCUGGACUUUGGUAGCCCCCGUUCUACUUCCCGAUCGGGACUUUUCAGGUUAAUUAUUUGCUUAAUACGCGGUCAAGUCAAUUAUACAGUCUGGAAUUAAAAUUAGUUUUUUUGCGGGCUGAGAAUUGGGCGCAGAGUAAAGUUCCUGAUUUAUAAUGUUUGUGUAAAGAAAAACGGUUUUGGCUUGGUCUCAUUUUUUUAGUCGAAGUUAUUAUUUUAAUUUUAAUACAUACAUAUAUCUACCCUAUUAUAUUAUCUACUGAUAGCAGUUUGCUCAGUAAGCGUUAACAUGAUCCAAAAUACUACUUUUAUGUCUAGCUGUACAGCGUUUAACGCAAAAUAAUUCCCAAGUUGUAACAAACACAGUUUAGUUGGUGUUCCUAAAGUGUGUAAUUUUUAUUUUAAAAGCGAUUAGAAAUUACGAAAAGACGCCGGAUCCAAAUCCAAUGAUUGCAAUUUAAAAUUUCUUAAGCCUUGUCUUUCUUGUUCUUGUUAAAUUGCAUACAAAUUUUGUACAGAAAAGCAUAUUUGUAACUUCCCGAAAGUUACCAAAGACAGCAUUAAUUUGCCACUCAUAUUGCAUUCGCAUGUGCAUUCGCUAUGACGAACCGAAUCACAUGGGUAAACAUUUUUUUGUAUUUAAACAACACAAGUUGUAAUUUAGAGAAAAAUUAACUUAUGUGCAAUUUUAUUUUCUGAUCGUUUUUAAACCCCGGUUGAAACUUUUCCUGCGGUUAUUUUUUGUGUUAUUGACUCUGUAUUAUUGUUUUUGGUCUCGACAUGACGAUAUUUUAGAGUUUUGUGAUACUGGUUUAUAAUCAGCUUAUAAUCAAGUGUAUGUAAUAAAUUAAUUAACUAAA